CGUAUUUUGGGUCAAUUGUUCAACGUAUAUGGAACGUCAGCCAUUUGUUGGUUAAACGAUUCUUACGUGACAGUGAACUCGAAUGCCUAUUAUUCGCGAGGAAGAUCCGGAAAAUAUUCCAUUCUGGAGGUCAUCGCUUUCUUACCAUUGUCAAAAGUGUUUCGAUCGCGUUUGACGUAGAAUGUUCCAUCCAGUUUCUUUCAACAGUUUUUCAUCAUUCGUCAACUUUUCAUCAUUCUCGCAAGAUCAUAAGAAAUGUGUUCAUGCAACAAUAACAACACAAGACAAACGGAUUCACCUGAUUCGCGUUGUGGCAGUGCACUUUGAACCCACCACCUUCGACGCUUACUACAAUGGAUGUUGCAACGGAACCUUCUGGCCACUGUUCCAUUCAAUGCCGGAUAGAGCGACCUUCAUCGCCGAGCACUGGCGCGCGUAUUCCGCUGUCAACCAGGAAUUCGCGGCGAAAACGGUCGGUGCACUGGAACAGAUCCACAAGGAGCAAGAAAAUCAAACGAAUGGUACACCUUUGGUCUGGGUGCACGACUACCACUUGAUGUUAGCCGCGAACUGGAUUCGGCAAGCUGCUGACGAGAAAAAUCUCAAGCUGAAAUUGGGUUUCUUCCUCCACAUCCCUUUCCCUCCAUGGGACAUAUUCAGACUGUUCCCAUGGGCCGAUGAAAUUCUUCAAGGGAUGCUUGGUUGCGACAUGGUGGGUUUUCACAUUCAGGAUUACUGUCUGAACUUUGUCGACUGCUGUCAGAGAUGCCUUGGGUGCAGAGUGGAUCGCAAGAACCUGUUGGUGGAGCAUGGUGGAAGAACCGUCCGAGUGAGACCACUUCCCAUUGGCAUUCCUUUCGACAGAUUUGUCUCGCUGGCUGAGACCGCCAACAAGGUGAUGCUGACUAACCAGAAGAUAGUGCUGGGUGUCGAUCGACUGGAUUACACGAAAGGUCUGGUUCACAGGCUGAAAGCUUUCGAGAGGCUCCUGGAGAAGCAUCCUGAACACCGUGAACAGGUCACCAUGCUCCAAAUCGCUGUACCGUCGCGAACUGACGUGCGCGAGUACCAGGAUCUGAAGUUGGAAAUGGAUCAGCUGAUAGGGCGCAUAAACGGUCGGUUCACGACCCCUAACUGGUCCCCCAUUCGCUACAUUUAUGGUUGCGUGAGCCAGGACGAGCUGGCAGCGUUCUACAGGGACGCCGCGGUUGCUCUCGUUACUCCUCUGAGGGAUGGAAUGAACUUGGUCGCCAAGGAGUUCGUCGCUUGUCAAAUCAACCAACCGCCCGGCGUGUUGAUCGUUUCUCCGUUUGCUGGGGCUGGGGAGAUGAUGCACGAGGCCCUGAUCUGCAAUCCGUACGAAAUAGACGAGGCAGCAGAAGUUAUACACAGGGCGCUUACUAUGCCAGAAGAUGAACGCACGUUAAGGAUGAAUCACUUGCGACGCCGCGAGAGACUGUACGAUGUUAAUUACUGGAUGAAGUCCUUCCUGCAAGUGAUGGGAUCUCUGGAGGAACACGACUCCGUUGGCGCUACGACGAUGCAGCCCGUGACCAUGGACGACUUUGACGACUACUUGAGCAAGUAUAUUGGCGAUAACCAUAAGUUGGCCCUGUUGCUGGAUUACGACGGUACCCUGGCGCCCAUCGCGACGCACCCUGACCUCGCUAUUUUACCUUUGGAGACGAAGAACGUUUUGCAGAGGCUGUCCAACAUGUCUGACGUGUACAUAGCAAUCAUAUCGGGUAGAAACGUGAACAACGUUAAGUCGAUGGUCGGCAUAGAAGGUAUUACGUACGCUGGCAACCAUGGAUUAGAGAUUCUGCAUCCAGACGGCAGUAAAUUUGUCCAUCCCAUGCCGGCUGAACUGGAAGGAAAGGUGGCGAACCUGAUGCAAACCUUGCAAGAGCAACUUUGUAGGGAUGGAGCUUGGGUAGAAAACAAAGGCGCACUGCUGACGUUCCAUUAUCGCGAGACCCCGAUGGAACGUCGGCCACAAAUGGUUGAACAGGCGAAGAAGAUCAUCGAGGACUCGGGUUUCAAAGCCUGUUCAGCGCACUGUGCCAUCGAGGCGAAGCCCCCAGUGGAGUGGAACAAGGGACGCGCUUCCAUCUACAUCUUGCGCACAGCUUUCGGUUUGGAUUGGAGUGAACGUAUCAGAAUUAUUUAUGCUGGCGACGACGUCACGGACGAAGAUGCUAUGAGGGCGCUGAAAGGUAUGGCAGCUACAUUCCGCGUCGCGUCAUCGCAUAUAAUUCGCACCUCCGCAGAGCGACGUCUGCCAAGCACGGAUUCCGUGCUGACGAUGUUGAAAUGGGUGGAGAGGCAUUUGAGCAAACGCAAGCCGCGCAACAGCGUCGACAUCCAAUCGAGAUUCCGCCGUAACAGUGCCGGUAUUACCAUGGAAAUGUCCUUCACGCCGACAAAUGCGAUCCUAGAGUCUUAGGUGACGCCGUGAUAUAUUCGUUACCGUAUCGACUGUGCCCACGGAAGCAAACGUAUGCGUGUCACAGGCAUAUAAAGUACUCGUAGAGUAAGACCAAGUUAACGAGACGGAAGAAAUAGGAAGAAAAGAAGAAGGGAGUUUCUCUUGCAGGUGGGCAGAAAAACGUCGCGUAAAAUGUACGUCUAAAUGCAGAUACGAUGAAAAUCAUUCACUGAAAAGUCGAGUGUCGCGCGUUCUUCUUUUUUGAGAGAUCGAAUCGAACGAGUCGUAUACCUACUUCCGGAAACCUCUCAUCUCCGAAUAUAUAACACGGAUCACGCGAAUAUUAGCAUAAGCCAAAGGAAGGAACUGAUCUUGUCGAUCCAGAACCAAACCAUUUUUAUCAACUACUCAACGUUUCAUCGAUGUAUCUCCGGUAAUCUGUCGAAUGGCUUUAAAAAAAAAAAAAAAAAAAAAAAAAAAUACAAAAAAAACCAAGUAUUACGUGAAUGGUAUCACAGAAUCUCUAUUUUUCGUGCAUCAAACGCGAACAUAUGUUCUCUUCUCCCUUUUUUUCGUGGCGUUCGCUGUAUAAUUGUCGCAUCGAACAACGUUUCCGUUGGACGCCUUAGUACUUAGCUACAGUUUUAAGUUACCAUUGCUCAAAACGCUACAAGAUGCUCGAAUGCAUUGCGUAAACCUUGUCUGAAACUGUCUACUGUGAAUCUUUAUAUUUCUUACUAAUUAUCGAGACACGAAACGGAUUAGUAAUGACUCAUUAUUAUUAUUCGCCGCUAACGAGAGAAGAGUUCCACGUCACCGCCAACGGGUAAGAAAGACAAUUGUAUUCAAGAUUACAUACCAAUUGACUUGUUCAAAUUUCUUGUUUCUAAUCAAACUUUCCUUUUUGCCACACUUCGAUUCAAAUCGCUAACCAUUGCGUCUACUUUGUUUCAUAAAUUUUACCAGAAGCUUUAUCUUUUAUUCUUUGUUGCGAGUACGUAUACUUUGUUACAAUACUCGUACAAUUUGCAUGUUGUAUUUAUAUUACUCAACGAUGUAACGAAGGCGGAUCGAGAAAUAGUGCAGGUGAUAACAUUAUAACAUACUGAUAUGUAUAUUUUUUGUUGUUGUUAAGAAGUAAACUGUUAAGUUCGAUGAUUA